ACCCUCCCAACAAAACUACUACAACAGCCAAAAAAACAAAUCGAGUUGGAACGGUUGAAAAUGAGAUUGAAGUCAAAUUUCAUUAAACUGAAAUCAAAGAUUUCGAAAUCAUGCAACCGGUUCAUCUCCUUCUUUCAGGCUCGAGUUCGAAAUGUGAAUACCACACAAUCUUCUUCUUCAACUAUGUUGUCUUGUCUUUGUUUCCUCAGUACUAAUAAGGAGCAAAGGAUGAGCCAGAUCACACCUAGAAGCUCCUCAUCUAGUGUGGUCGAUGAUCAAAACCUUCUGCUCUCAAGAAAGAUGUUUUCGUUGGCUAUGACGCAAAGAAACAAUCCAGCGAGGACGAUUAAAAGAGAGGAAGAUGCUGUGAAAGAGGCUUGCAGAAGGUUUGAGGACUAUAUGAUCCAUGUGAUCGUUGAGGAAGGGAAGUUUGAUGACUUGAUGGACAUGGAAGAGGUUAACUAUUAUUGGAAUAAUCUUAACGAUCCUAUCUUCAUUGAGCUUGUGACUAGGUUCUAUGGAGAGCUCUGCACAGACUUGUUUCCAAGCGACUGACGCUUGAACAUGAUCAAAAUGGGUUUUAUCUUAUCUUUUAUUAUUUGGUUUUACAGCAAGUGAGAGGUGGGAAUAACGUUCUUGCAACGAAAUGAGGGAAGCUUGAGUUCACUAUACAAACUAUUUGUCAAUUAAUGGAUGGCAUGUUUUUUCACACAACUACAAUAUUUUGUUCCAUAUUGUUUUCCCUCAACCAUUUAUUUCAAAUCAUAUACAUAGAUGCUUAACCUACCAAGGAUGGGCUCUGAACAUAGACCGAUGACACAUUGCCUUGGCUUCAUAUUGCCUAGCUAACUCUUAAAAUCCCCAAUGACAAAAUACUCCUUCUAAAACAUCAUCUAUUUUGAAAUGGAGGGAGUAUAAGAUUGCAGGGCUCCAAAUUAUCAUUUUUUAAUUAAGAAUACUCUAAAAAUGUUUAUAUUCCCAUAAAUCUCAAAUUCAUGCAUAGCCCGUCAUUGUUGAGAUUUCAUUAAAAAAAUUUACAACCUGAAAGUUAAUUCAAAACAAUCGCAGUUUGUUGGAGAAGAAAAGGGAGUGUAAUAUAUGUAUAUAUAUAAACACCUUUCGCAUUCAAAACUAUAUACUAUACAAUAAAAUAUGACCGCAAAGAAUUCAAAACUUUUGAAUCUGAAUCUAAAAUCCUAUCUUCACCUAAUAAAGUAAGAACAAAAAAGUCCCCCUUGUCUUUUCAUUUCUCUUAUACUUGAGCUAAUGUCCCAGUUCCUCAUAGAGUGUCCAAUGUCUCAACAAGAUCGUCCUAGUGCUUCUACGACCAACCUCCUUCCUGUGGUCAUGAACGGUGACUAUUACGGCGGAUCAUCGGCUGCAGUUCCCUUCAAAUGGGAAUCUCAGCCCGGAACUCUGAGACAACGACAUUAACCGGUCUCACCUACAAAACCUGCAAACCCUAGAAAACCCAACACUCACCUCGGUUCCGUGUUCAACAAGAAUCGUGGCGCCCCAUCUUCUCCAGCUGCUUCAUCUUCGUCAUCCUCGUCUACAACAUCUUCUAUGCCAUCUUCUCCGCUGAGAACACAUGAUUUGUACGGAAGGAACAGCCCUAGAUCACUGUUAUCCGGAUCUAAACAUUAUCGUGCUAAAUCUUUUGGAUGUUACGCUUCCAUCAUUAAGGUGUUUCUAAGAGAUGUCAAAUGAUUCUUAUUUACUCUUUUUGAAAUCUUGGAAAUAAUUUGUGAAGCUACUUUUCCUGGAUUCAUUUCAUCUCCAUGAAUCAAUAUUAAUUGGAUGAGAAGUCAAAACCAUAUGCUUAUAUAUAUCAAACUCUGAUUCUAAAUUAAUCACAUGAUCCUACUCUCCGGAAAUUAACGGUUCAAGCUGUCAUUUACAGACUUUGGCGUGAGAGAAACCAACGUCUACAUAAUGGAAUUUCAUCACCACCGCAAGUUAGCUUCAAGGAGAUUGACAGACAAAUAAGGAACGCCAUACUGGCAAGGAAGCAUCGUAGGAACUUCAAAAACAUCAUGGGAAUCUGGUUGGCACAUGAGUAAUGGCUCAAAUCAGCUUCUGUAGUUUUCUCUAAGCUCUCCCCUGUUUUUAUCUUUUUUUGGCUUGGGAUUGCUUCUCCUUUUAAAUCUUUGUACUAGUACAAACUAUCUCAUUUGAUAAAUGAAAUUCACAUACUUAUCAAAAAAAAAAAAAAGAUGAAAGUGAUAUUAUUUAAGAUCAGAUCUACGCAUGUUCAGUAUUGCUUCACUUUUGAGCAGUCAUGUGAGACCAUACUAAAUAAAUAAUAAAUUUCACAUAUGGUCUAAUCUUGUAUUGUUUUUUUUUUUUUUUUUUUGAACUACUAUAAUCUUGUAUUGUAUUUUAUUUUAUCCAAUCAUUUUGUUGAUUAUUACUCUCUUUUUUUUUUUGUUCAACCAAAUAUUUCAUAAAAGCUCAAGCUAAGUGUUCAAGUAGUACAGGGCAGACUUUGCUAAAGCAUCUGCAGCAGAAUUCAAAUUCCUAGAAACAUGG